GAUCCCAAUCGAACGCGGCUACAGCCUACGAUUAGUGAUUAGCCCAAAGCGCUCUCCAAGAGUCCACUAGCCUGGCCUAGUGCAGCCCGGGGCGGCGGCGGCGGCGCGGCAUGGCAUCAGGCGGCGGCGGCGGUGUUGGUGUGUGCAACAAGAGAUACCGACGAUCGGACGGCGACGACGACGACGGCGAGACGAGCGGCCGCAACAAGAGAUGCGGCGUCGGCCCAAGCUCGGGGCCCAACGACGACGGCGAGAGCGGCGACUUCUUCGACGGUUGGCAUGCUGCUGACGACGACGGCGCCGGCGGCGGCGAGGAUUACAUGUACGGGUACGACGAGGAUGAGGACGAAGCCGAUCAAUCAGCAGAGGGCGACGCCGCCGACGCCUCGGCGAGCGACGACACGGAGCAGAGGUACGUGGUCCUCACCGAGUCCGACGUCCGCGCGCGGCAGGAGGCGGACACGGCCAAGGUCGCCGAGGUGCUCUCCAUCCCGUCGGGCUUCGCGGCGGUCCUGCUGCGCCACUUCAAGUGGCGUGUGGGGCGGGUCCAGGAGGAGUGGUUCACGGACGAGCGGCGCGUCCGCGCCGCCGUCGGCCUGCCGGCACCGGAACACGGCGACGAGCUAGUCCCCUGUACGCGCAGCGCGCGGGCUGAGGUCUGCGGCAUCUGCUUCGAUCCGUACCCGGCCGGGCGGACGAGGUCGGCGGGGUGCGGACACUACUACUGCGACGGGUGCUGGGCCGGGUACGUCGCCGCGGCGGUGGGGGAUGGUCCGCGGUGCCUUUCGAUGCGGUGCCCGGACCCGUCCUGCUCGGCGCCCGUCGUCCGGGAGCUCGUCGACAAGGUGUUGGCGGCGGGCGCCAAGGAAAGGGCCCGGUACGCGCGGUUCUGGCUCCGGUCGUACGUGGAGGAGAGCGGCGGGCGGAUCAAGUGGUGCGGCGGCGCCGGGUGCAAUCGCUCCGUGGAGGUCCUCGGGGAUGCCGCUGACGCGGCGGCGGCGACGGACGUGUUCUGCGACUCUGGGUGUAGGCACGGCUUCUGCUGGGCCUGCGGCGAGGAGGCGCACCGGCCGGUGUCGUGCGGCACGGUGCGCGCGUGGCUGGCCAAGAACGCCUCCGACUCGGAGACGGCCAACUGGGUGGUGGCGCACACCAAGCGGUGCCCCAAGUGCCGGCGGCCCAUCGAGAAGAACCACGGCUGCAACCACAUGACGUGCGGCGCGCCCUGCCGCCACCAGUUCUGCUGGCUCUGCUUCGACCCCUGGGACAACCACCGAGGCUGCACGCGCUACGACUACCGCCAGCGGCAGCAGGUGGAGGCCGCCGCCGCGGACGAGGAGGAGGCGCGGCGGAGGCACGCCAAGGAGUCGCUGGAAAGGUACCUCUACCACUACGAGCGGUGGGCGGGCAACGGCAAGUCGCUGCACAAGGCGCUCGCGGACGCGGACGAGCUGGAGCGGUCGGAGCUCGAGAGGAUGGCCAGGAUGGUGGACGUCCCGGCGAUGGAGCUCGGGUUCGUCACCGAGGCGUACCGCCAGAUCGCCGACGGCCGGCGCGUGCUGCGGUGGGCGCACGCCUACGCCUACUUCCUGUUCCUGGACCCGGAGCGCGACGGCGCCAAGCGCGACCUGUUCGACGACCUGCAGAGCCAGGCCAACCGGUGGCUCGAGUGCCUGCACAGCUGCGCCGAGCUGGAGAGGAAGGAGCUCUUCGGUGGUGGUGCCAAUGGUGACGGCGAGCCCAGCACCGUCGUCGCCGUCGAGGCGUUCAGGGCGUACAAGGAGAAGGUCGCCAACCUCACCGGAGUGACGCGGAAAUUCAUGGGGAACCUUGUGAAAGCGUUCAAGACCAACCUGCCGGAAGUGGUGGUGACGCCGGCGGCAUUCGAUUUCGAUCACAUAGUGAAUGGACCAACCAUGGGCAGCCAAACAGCUGGUGUUGGAGGCAUUAUUUCUACUGCAACUGUUACACUGGAACAACCAGCCAUGGAACCGAUGGUCUCCGGAUCUGCUGGUUUCUGGCACUCAGCACUGCAGCAGCCUUCAUCGUCAUCUCUUAUUUCACAAGAAGCAAAUAUCGCAAAUGAUAGUGUGCAAGAACACAGACCUAUAAGAAGCCCUGUUCAGCAUCCAGUUCGUCCUGGUAGGCAUGGCGGCCUCCUCAGCAAUCCGUCACAGUUUCAACCGAUUCACUCAACUUUUUUCGGAGAAGCUACGACCUCGAUGGGACCGCCGAACAUAGGGGCAAUAACACCAUUACAAUUCAACAUGUCAAACAUGAUAUCAAGUGGCGCGACAUCGACGCCCCUUGUCACCUUCUCGAUGUCUGCACCUGGACAACCAAUUGGUAAUCAAGACAUGGUACAGAGCACAGCUCUUGGCUCCUUUGGCUCAAACACUUCUACUGCAUGGGACAAUUCAGAUAUAGCUGAAUCAUCCUCUCAGCCUAACAGCAUGGCCAUGAAUCGACAAGCAGGAAUCAAUCCCCUCAGUUCUGCCAUGAACGCGCCUAUUGGAAUGCAUCACAAUGCCCAACAACCGCCACCGAAAUAUGUCAAAAUUUGGGAGGGAACCUUAUCUGGGCAAAGGCAAGGACGGCCUGUAUUUAUUAGUAGACUCGAAGGUUGGAGUGGAAUAGUGUCCAAAACAGUUGCAGCAGACUGGCCAGAAACUAUGCAGAUUGUUCGUCUCAUAGCACAGGAGCAUAUGAACAACAAACAAUAUGUUGGAAAGGCAGACUUUCUAAUAUUUCGGACUUUAAAUCAGCAUGGGUUUCUUGGACAACUACAAGAGAGGAAGCUGUGUGCUGUGAUACAGUUACCAUCGCAAACUCUACUACUUUCAAUGUCUGACAAAGCAGGUCGUAUGAUUGGCAUGCUCUUCCCUGAGAAUAUGGUGAUAUUCAAACCAGAGGUCGUAACUCAGCCAUCACUAGUGCGGCAGGAAAAGCUACAACAACCGCAAGAACUUCUACACCAUCAACAAAUACAGCUACAACAACAACAAAAACAGCAGAUGCAACAAAUGUUGCAUCAACGACAACAUAUGCGGGCGUCAACUCAAAAUCUGCCAAUGCAGCAACAGAAGCUGCACCAGCAACAGCUUCAACACCAAGAACAACUACAUUUACAACAACAACUAAUACAACAUAUGCAGCAACAACAACCUCAAUACCAUCAACACCUACAACAACAAAUACAACAUCAACAACAACUGAUACAACAAAUACAACAACUAAGGCAUCAACAGCAACAUAUGCAUCAAAUGCAGCCCCAACAACAACCACUGCCUCAGAUGGUCGAUACAGAAUUAGGUAAUGAUGAUGAUGCAAGGGAAGAUUGGGUUACAGAGCCUGGGCAGCAUGCCUAGGGAAAGUAGAGAGGGUUAAUGAGGGAUUACACUGACAUGAGGAUUUAAGAUGUUUCUUAUUGUUUAUCUUUUAAUCAUCAAUUGAUAAUUUUAAACAAUAGUCGUUGUAUAGUGUUACAAAAUGGACUAAGAGUUUAUUAACAAAUCUAUGUUAUCCAGUAGUUAAUAUAUUGUAUUGAGUUGGGAGCUAGA